ACAACAAAUUAAGCAAAGCAGCGUCGAUCGUCAGUUCAUCGAGAGCGCAGCCAUGGGGUCGGCGGCGAGCUCCUGCUGCGGUGGAUCGAAGAAGGUGGAACAAGGGUGCGUGAGCGCGUCGAUGAGCAGCAAUACGUGGAGGAUAUUCAGCUACAAGGAGCUGCACGCGGCGACGAACGGGUUCAGCGAGGAGAACAAGCUCGGCGAGGGCGGCUUCGGCAGCGUCUACUGGGGCAAGACCUCCGACGGCCUCCAGAUCGCGGUGAAGAAGCUGAAGGCGACGAACACCUCCAAGGCGGAGAUGGAGUUCGCGGUGGAGGUGGAGGUGCUCGCCAGGGUGCGCCACAAGAACCUCCUUGGCCUCCGCGGCUACUGCGCCGGCGGCGCCGCCGGCGACCAGCGGAUGAUCGUCUACGACUACAUGCCGAACCUCAGCCUCCUCUCCCACCUCCACGGCCAGUUCGCUGCCGACGUCCGGCUCGACUGGGCGCGCCGCAUGGCCGUCGCCGUCGGCGCCGCCGAGGGCCUCGUCCACCUCCACCACGAGGCGACCCCCCACAUCAUCCACCGCGACAUCAAGGCCAGCAACGUCCUCCUCGACUCCGGCUUCGCGCCGCUCGUCGCCGACUUCGGGUUCGCCAAGCUGGUGCCGGAGGGGGUGUCGCACAUGACCACCAGGGUGAAGGGCACCCUGGGGUACCUCGCGCCGGAGUACGCCAUGUGGGGGAAGGUCUCCGGCGCCUGCGACGUCUACAGCUUCGGCAUCCUCCUCCUCGAGCUCGUCUCCGGCAGGAAGCCCAUCGAGCGCCUCCCCUCGGGGGCCAAGCGCACCGUCACCGAGUGGGCGGAGCCGCUCAUCGCCCGCGGCCGCCUCGCGGACCUCGUCGACCCGCGCCUCCGCGGCGCGUUCGACGCCGCGCAGCUCGCCCGCGCCGUCGAGGCCGCCGCGCUCUGCGUCCAGGCCGAGCCCGAGCGCCGCCCCGACAUGCGCGCCGUCGUCCGCAUCCUCCGCGGCGACGCCGACGCCAAGCCGGUGAGGAUGAAGAGCAUCAAGUACGCGGAUCACCUCAUGGAGAUGGACAAGAGCAGCGUGGAGGAGUACUCGCUGAUGGAGGACAAGAGCAGCGUGAACUUCGGGGUGUUCGGCGCCAUGCCGGUGCAGACCAUGCACGAUCCCUACGUCAGGAGGUUUGGAGGAGGAGAUGGUAUCAAGAUCUGAUUUGGCCAUGCAGUCACUUGUGCUUUUUUUUUCUCUUGAACAUUUUGUGAUUUUUUGGAUUUAUUUUAAGAUAACUAUUUGUGGUUUUUUUA